GCGUUCCGCCCGGGCAGCUUAAAGACGGCGGUCUGUUCUUUUGUAUGGCAGCAUGAAAAUGUAAAAAACUAUGCGCACGCACAAAAUGCCAGGCGCGCCUUUUGGCGGGAAAUUUGUUAGCGUGACGAAUGUUGCAAAUAAAAUCAAGGGGUUAUUUUUAACUUUAAAGCCCAUUAAUUGUUUUGUUUGGGAAACUUGCGUGGUGAAAUGUCUUCACGGAAAUGUUACGUUUGUAACAGCAAAACAACUUCCCGUUGGUUCCGUAUUUCUGAGGAAAUCGUCGAAGAUGUACGUAAAUGCUUCAACGUCGAAGAAAUUGAAAGCCAGGAGGACCUAUGUGCUUCGUGUAGACGAAAUUUAACUCGGUGGCGUGAAUGCCCAACAAACGCCAGCAAAUAUUUCGUUUCAGUUAAUUCAAGAGGACAACCCUGUAUUAACAAAUCGACAGUAGCUCGGAAAAAUCGCAAGACUGCGUUACUGCGAAGCACUUCGCCUUCCCAUGAGUUAUCGCUUCUUGUGACUUUGCCCGAAGACUUGUUUUUGUUUAUCGCUGGGUUUCUCAGCGUGUCAGACGUUUCGAGGCUGCGACAGACUUGCAGCUAUGCAAAUCAAAUUUGCCAGUUCAACAUCCUCUGGAAACUCUUGUUAAGACGCGACUUCCCCGAACAGCUAAGUGAUCUCGACGAAACAGUUCUUUCCAACUCUUUUCUUUCUUACAAAGUUCUCUUCAAGUCUAAACGCUCGUGGGAAGGUCAUCAUGCGGCGAUUUCCGACCGUGCUAAAGAGCUCGCUUCAAAGGAAAUAAAACUUUUGGAGGAAAACCAAGUUGCCCAACAUCGCUUAAGCAACCUAAAAGCAAGGCUUCAAUCACUCCAGAAUGAUCAAGAUCCAAGAACGCCAGUCACCAAACUACAAGAGCAGGUAUUUUUGAGCAUUCUCAAAAAGAAGACUGGGCAAAGUCAAGACGGCUUUGUGUAUGCCCAUCAAGAGAGAGGGAAACCAAUGAAGUUACUUAGAGUUAGUCAGCCACAAAUAGGUAGCUCAAGUGCAUCUGCCAGUACAUUGAAAAAGAGAAGCCAGGUCAUCGAAAAACUUGCAGAAAAUUUGUCAUCACCAAGUACAUGUACAAGUACAGCAGAAAAUGAUGUAAUUCACCAGACAGCCAUUUCUAUUCGCCGAAAACAACAACAGUUCAUCAAUUCAUUUAAGGAAGGUGGAGUAAACAUCAUACAGUCAUUCACUUUGAACCAGGUUGCAGAACUUAAGACUCACAUGCCCAUGGAAAUGUUGAAAAUGAUUAAAAGAACCUUCAAAGAAGCACUUGGUAAGCAUAGUUGUAUACAAACAACACACUUUAUCUAUCUAACAUCAUUUAAACAGGCAUGUACAUCAUUCAUUGCUAUUUCAACAAUGCCAAUACAGAAGUGAGAAAAGCAAAGUAACUUUAUCUACAUUGUACACUACCUAAAAACUAUUAGUAUAAAUCUACCAGUGUUCUAUCAUGAAUGCUGUUCUCUGAUUGGCUAUGCUACUCACUAUAUAUUCUGUGAUAGAGUGAGUAGCAUAGCAGUGCACCCUUGUUUCAAAAUGACGGCCGCUUCUUGACAUUUUUGGAGUGUCUCUGAAGAGGACUUGGAUAAAGUUUUGAACAACUAGUAGAUUUAUACUAAAACAAUUAGAUUACAUGUAUUCACUCUCGAUUUCUAUGUGUGAUAGUUGGCUCGGCCUUUGGCCCAUUGACUAUCAUGCGAUAGAAAUCUCGAGCUCAUAAUCUAAUUGUUUAAUAUAGGUGCGAUGUCAAGGUAAACCUAAUGCAGGUAGUGUACAAAACUCAUAUAAAAAGAUAAUGACAAGCACAAGUACAGUACAAAUAAUAUGUUUCCUGAAAGUAGAAAAAAAAAUGGGCUCUUCCAAUAUACAUGUACUUAUGUUUGCUUUAAAUCGUUUCACUCCCAGGAGAAAUAAGUAUAUUAAAUUAUUCUCUUUAACAAUUUUACAAUGCCAUGUAGGCAGGUAUAGAGAAUUGAAAAAAAGAAAACCAGCCAGGGUAUAUAGUCUUGACAUAACACCAAAUUUUCAGGACAAGUUCAGAUCUUGAAGUGGAAGGGCUAGAACUGGAUUUG